UGACUGCCUCCUCUCUUCCCCAUUGGCUGUUACUGUGGCUGACACGCCCCCUGACUAGGAAGUGCUGGGAAUGUGCGUGCCAUGAGUGAAUACACAGAGGACAGAAUUAAAAUUCCAUUUGGUGAGAAGUAUCUCGAUGCUGUGAUUUGUGUUCCUGGAGCAUCUAACCCUGUAAGGCAUGGAGUGAUACUAACACAUGGAGCUGGAGGAGACAUGAACUUCCCCCAUCUGGUAUCCUUGGCAAGUUAUCUGGCAACACAUGGCAUUUUUUGUCUCCGAUUUACAUGUAAAGGGCUCAAUCUUGUUUAUAGGACAAAGGCUUACAGAGCUGUUUUGGCAUUUUUGAAGUCUCAUGAAGAACAUAAAAUUUCCAGUGUGUUUCUUGCUGGUCGAUCUAUGGGAUCUCGUGCCGCUGCUUCAGUAAUGAGAGAGGCUUGUGAGAAUGAUAAUGAGUUUAUUCAGGGGCUCAUCUGCCUAUCCUAUCCACUGCAUCCUGCAAAUUCAAAGGCCAAGCUGCGAGAUGAAGAUAUACUAUCAUUGACGAAACCAGUAUUGUUUGUUUCAGGAUCAUCUGAUGAAAUGUGUGAUCAGACCCUGUUAAAAAAUGUUGUCAGCAAGAUGAAAGUUCCUGCCCAGAUCCACUGGAUUAAAAAUGCAAAUCAUGGCAUGGCAGUAAAGGGAGAAACAAUGGAAGAUGUUAUGACAGAAAUAAAUACACAUGUUUUCUCUUGGAUUCAGAAGACCGUUGAUAACUUGUAAUUAAAGGUUUUAUUGUGACUGUCACUAUAUAUAACACACAGUUAAAUGCAAUGAUGUUUUCAGCAUGACACACAUGGUAAAAUUAAUAAAAUUGAUCCUAGAAUUUUUACUAAAGAAAUACAUUCCAUGUGACCAGUUAAAGAGAAAAUAUAAUUCCUUUUUUUACUCAGGCAUACUUGAUUCCAAUUGAAGGAAACCAUAAUACCUAUCUUGGUGGCAAGGGCCAGUUCCCCUUAGGCUGAGAGUAUAAUGCAACCUUUCCCUCACCUUGUUCUACUGUGAAAUGAUGGCUCCUGGGACUUGAAGUCCCCCUGAUUUCCAGAAAAUUUAUGUACCACACACUAUGAAAAGCAGAGGGACUUCAAAUCCCAGAAUUUACACAGCAUUAGCAAGUGUCCAUCAGAAUCCAUCACUGCACACUGUCACUCUAAAGGUGGCCACACACGUGACGAUUUCCAAUCUUUCGUGCGACCAUUGGUCGAUCGAAAGAUUGUACAAUCGGCCACUAACCUUUCAGGGCUGAAAUGGCAGAUAAGGAGGUAGAAACAAUAGGAUUUCUACCUCCUUCGGCCGAUUCAGCCCUGAAGGCAGAUUCUGAUCAGGCGCCUUCUAUGGCGCCCGAUCAAAAUCUUUUAACCUGGCCGAUCGGCGAGUUGACUGAUAUCAGCAGCCUCCUGUAAUAUCAGUCGGAUCGCCAACUUGCCAUACACACACCAAAUAUCGUACGAAACGAGGUUGCGUAUGCUAUUAUCGGUGCGUGUAUGGCCAGCUUAAGGGAUGUUGGGAAAUGGUUAGACAGUGUAUCAUAGUAUCCCUUCAGUCUGUGUAGAAAAUGACAUUUAUUUAUUUUUGGAAGUUUAGAUAGUGUUUAUGCACCUUUUCUACAUAAGCCUGACUGAUUGAGCUCAUGUUAAAAAGUGGGGUAAUUUUCCUUUUAAGGACAGAGCAGGUGAAGGGAAUUCUCACCCAAAAGGCCAAUUUCUCAGUGGAGCAUCUUCUAGCCAUAAUGCUUGUAAUUUAUUUUAUAGGAAAUUUACAGUAUAACAAGGUAAUCUAAGCUGCUAUUGGGAACCCUUGUCAAAACAAAUCCAAACCAUUGUGAUUACCUGUCAGGUAAAUUUAGUUUGCAAAUCUGUACUACUUCUAUAUCUAUGUAUCAAAAUAGCAUUAUAACUAAUAAAUGUUGUUUCAAAUAAAAAAAAUAUUUGGGAGUUC